AGCUUGGGAGAGACAGGUUCAUUACUAAUUCAUUAUUAUAAUAUUUUUUUUUUUUUGGGAAUCUGUGUGAACCCCCAUAAGUUCACUAAUGGGGGUGCUCUUAUAGGCUAGGAGUCUAGGACCGAACGCAACUACAAUCCUACGCUCAUGACGCUGCAUGGAUGCGAAAGUGAUAGACGUGCGAGUGUUCCAUGCGCAUUUUUAAUAAAAUUAGUUUCUUUUUUCAGCCACAAUCGUCUAAAAAAUAAUGUAAAAUUUCCAAGAGCUCUUAUGUGGCCAUCAUAAAAAUUAAAAUGUCAUAUGGUUGGUAAUAAUAAUAAAGCGAUAAUCAUUUAUUCAUGCUCUGCCUCAAAAAGUUGCAUCCCCUGUUUCUCUCGAACCGAAUUGGCAUCUUCUUCUUCAUCAUCAUCAUUACUUUAUCUGUAGCGCAUUUUCUUCAUUCCACGGCGAGAGAUAGAGGGAGAUCAGAUAGAAAAGGAAACGAAUCCAUGAGAGGAAAGUUUUGAAAACUGCCAAGAGAUUCUUGUUUACAUGCGUGCAUUAACAUACGAUUAUACAUAAUUACACGUUUCAUUUGCGUACGUAACACUCAGGUGUUUGAAAGUUUCUCGCAGAUCGGGAGAUGGACAAGAUAAUAUAAAUCUUGCGACUGGAUCUGGUUCACAUUCUUCACAUCGUUUUGGAUAUAGAGUUUUGAUGAGGAGAUGAAGGCAGCUAAAAGGUGGAGUGUAGGAAACCUAGCGUCAUUGCCUGGAGCUCGCCACCGUGCUCCUGCAAGAAGACGACUAUGGAUCAUCAUGGCGCUUUCACUGAUCAUCAUGACGCUUUCACUGAUCACCAUGCUGGCUAUAAUGGCUUACAUGUACCCACAUCACAGCAAACGUGCUUGUUAUAUGAUUUCAUCAAGGGGAUGCAAGGCUUUAGCUGAUUGGCUUCCACCUUCUCUGAGGGAGUAUUCUGACGAUGAGAUUGCUGCACGAGUAGUGAUUAGAGAAAUAAUGAGUAAUGCUCCUGUUAUAAGAAGGGAUUCCAAGAUUGCAUUCAUGUUCUUGACUCCUGGUACAUUGCCUUUUGAGAGACUUUGGGACAUCUUUUUCCAGGGCCAUGAAGGGAAGUUCUCUGUUUAUAUACAUGCAUCAAAGGAAAGGCCAGUUCACCAGAGUCAUUACUUUGCCAACCGCGAAAUUCGCAGUGAUGAGGUGGUGUGGGGAAGAAUAUCAAUGGUUGAUGCAGAGAGAAGGUUGUUAGCUAAUGCUCUUAGAGACCCUGCAAACCAGCAAUUUGUUUUACUCUCUGAGAGUUGUGUACCACUUCGAAGUUUUGAGUACAUGUACAAUUACCUGAUGUACAGCAAUCUCAGCUAUGUUGACUGCUUUGACGAUCCAGGUCAACAUGGAUCCGGCAGACAUAUGGAUCACAUGUUGCCUGAAAUUCCAAAAAAGUAUUUUCGAAAGGGUGCACAGUGGUUCACCAUGAAGAGACAACACGCUAUAGUAAUCAUGGCAGAUAGUCUUUACUACUCUAGGUUUCGAGAUUACUGUGGGCCAGGUAUAGAGAACAACAAGAACUGCAUAGCUGAUGAACACUAUCUGCCAACAUUCUUUCAUAUGCUUGAUCCGGGUGGUAUUUCUAACUGGAGUGUAACACAAGUUGAUUGGUCUGAGAGACAGUGGCACCCCAAAACAUACAUGCCUGAGGAUGUCACACAUGAGUUACUAAACAACCUCACGUCUGCUGACACAGUCGCACAUGUCACAAGUGUUGGAAUGGGUGAAGAAUUAUGGAUGCCUUGUAUGUGGAACGGAAUCAAAAGACCUUGCUUCUUGUUUGGAAGGAAGUUUCAUCCAGACACGCUUGAUAAACUCUUGGAUCUCUUCUCAAACUACACAAGAUCGGUCUCUUGGCAUUUGUGAUUUAAAAGGAUAUUUCUUCUAUACACAAUUAAGAUUCUUCUAACACUUUAGCGACAAAUUUAGAAGCUUAUGAAGGUAUUGAGAACUUCUUUUCAAUUGAUGCUUUCGUUUAGUUGGAGGGAGACGUUGAAUUCAUUCUUUUAUUUUUAUCCACACUGUUUUACGUUAUAUACUUAUCUCAUAUUUCUCCUUCGGCUGUUGUGAAAAAAAAAAAAAUAGAUUUUUUUUUUAGAUAGAUUUA